AUGGAUCAUUGCUCCACUAUUACAUUUCAUCAAGCACUCUCUUGUUGCUCAUCGGAUACAAAAGAGAACGAGGAGCCCGUUGAUGUCCGAAUUACUGCCAAAGACUCUGUAUCUGCUAUAAAAGCAUCCGUUAACAAGCAGAUAACGACACCUUCGAGUACAAAAGGCACUAUCAAUCGCAAAGAUCGCCGUGCACUUCACGAUGUUGAUAACAAUUGUCCAAGAGUACAAGUGCAUUCACCGUCAUGUUCACAGCUGAACAGUUCUUCUUGCGUUUCCAAAGACGCAAUUGAAGCCAAGAAAGUGCAAGUACAGUCGACAUCAUCAAAACAAGCCUUACAUGAAGCAGAUAAAACCGUAGAAGGGCUGGUAAAGGGUCACAAACGCUCUGUAGUUGCCGUUGAUGAUGAUGAAAAUUCCUAUACAGAUUCUAGCAGUCGAUUGGAUCAUCUGGAGAGUGAGAAUCUGGCAUGGAUGGAUAUGAUGCUCGCCCUGUUGGAGAAGCGCUAUGACGCUAAUUUCGCACUACCCGUGUGUCUUACAGACCUAGAAGCUGCCAACGUAUUACAGUUGCCCCAGCGUAAGAGGUUAAAGACUGGAAUUGCUUCUGCUCAAGUUAAAUCCAAGCGUGGCUUGGACACCACUCGACGUCAGACAACUUUCACCAAUGCCUUCAACAAUAGUAAAAUGCCAGCAACAAAAGUACACCAGGCCUCAGAGCAACUAAACGAGAGAAAGCGACAGCGGUUGAUACUGCGGCACGCGCAACAGAUUCAGGCCUCAACAGUCUCAUCGUCCACAAGCUGCGGGUGCAAGACUGGGUGCCUUAAGAUGUAUUGCCUGUGCUUUAGUUCCCGUGGAUUCUGCCAUGCGAGGUGCACUUGUGACGAUUGCAAGAAUAAUCGCAUGAACCAAACUGGACGUGUGGAAGCCAUUCAGAAUUAUAUAGCCAACGAUCCACGUGCAUUCUCAUACGCGUUACUGCCCCAAGAUACAAACAACACUUCGGGCUUUCUUCACCUUCUUCCACAGAAAUCGAGCGCAGUCGUGAUGCGAGGAUGUCGCUGCAAAAAGUCCAAAUGUCUAAAGAAAUACUGUGAAUGUUUUCAGAACGGCAUUGUGUGCACGUCGCACUGCCGCUGUAUGGACUGCUCGAAUCAAAGCGAGACAUGCCACUUGAAAACAGUGGCCAAUCAGUAUAAAUCGAUACAAACUCGCACCUUCGACCGAAAGCCGUUUCAUCCCGUUCAAAUUACUGUGACCAAACAACCUCGUCGGAAUUACGUAAGCAAGACCGUACGCUUGAAUCUGUAG